GGUGGCCUGGGGAGCUUUAAAAGCUGCUGCAGAUAAGAGCAGGCUGUGGGGGGCAGAUAAGUGAAGGCAGGAGUGGGCAUAGGAGGCAGCAAGUCAGUAGAGAGCAACAGGAGUGAGCACACCUGGCAACAUGAGUGUGGGCCAGGUGUCAUUCAUGAACGAACUGCGUACGGUGUCUGCCAAAAACCUGGAUGGCUGGAUCGCGCAGAACCUGGAGCCCAGCACAGCUUUCUCCAUGCAGGUGAAGCAGACAGUGAGGCGGAUCUGCGACUUCUUGAAGGAGGACUGCUUUGGGACCGAAAUCCAUGUCAACAAGACAGUCAAGGGUGGCUCAGCGGGCAAGGGCACGGCCCUGAAGAACAACUCUGAUGCUGAUGUGGUGCUCUUCCUCAGCUGCUUAUCCAGCUACCAAAAGCAGAAGGAGGAGAGAAAGGAUAUGCUGGAUUUGAUCAAAAUAAGGCUGAUUGCCUUAUUUUGCAGGAAGAACUUGCAGUUCAGUCUGUGCAUCAGUGAACCCCGUUACAAGGGUCCUGACAAUGCACCACGCUCCCUCAGCCUCACUCUCUCCUCCAAGGAGAACGGAGAGUCCAUUGAUGUGGACAUUCUGCCUGCCUAUGAUGCCUUGGGGCAGGUAAUGGAGGACGCCCCGCCAAGGGCAGAUGUGUACGUGGAGCUCCUGAAUGCCUGCAGCCACCCUGGGGAGUUUUCCCCCUGCUUCACUGAGCUGCAGAAGAAGUUUGUGAAGCGUCUCCCUGCCAAGCCGAAGAACCUCCUGCGACUGGUCAAGUACUGGUACAAGGAGCUGAAGCUAAAGAACCCUAAAGCGGACCUGCCCCCCAAGUAUGCCCUGGAGCUGCUGACCAUCUAUGCCUGGGAGGAGGGCACAGGCUCCCGUGACUCCUUUGUCACGGCUCAAGGCUUCCUCACAGUGCUGAAGCUGCUGUGCCAGUACCAGGACAUCUGCAUCUACUGGGAGAAGUACUACUCGCUCAAGGACAGCAAGAUCGGUGACCAUGUCAAGGGGCUGCUGAGCAGUGACCGCCCUGUCAUUCUGGACCCUGCUGACCCCACGGGGAUCCUGGGCCAAGGCAAGAACUGGGGCUUGAUGGCACGGGCAGCUGCCAGCAGCUGCAGCUCACUGCCCUGCCUUGCAGGUAUCCAGCCCUGGGAGGUGCAGCCGGCCCGGCGCGUGAACAUUGAGGUGAGGCAGCUGUCGGGCACCAGACUGAGCUUGACCAUCAGCCCCUCUGACACCAUCGGGAAGGUGAAGGAGGAGAUCCAGAAGAAGUGGGGCAUCCCCUUUUACAGGCAGAACUUGGCACAGCAGGAGCCAGGUAGGAACAACAUCAACCUACAGGACAGCGAGACCCUGGCUGCGUAUGGCAUCUUCUACAGCACCAAGCUGGUGCUGCUGCAGACCGAGCCCCAGGAGAUGGAGGUCUUUGUGCAGGGUGAUAAGAACCGCAGCAUUACCUACACGGUGCUGCCCACCGACACUGUCCGGAAGCUGAAGGAGCAGAUCCAGAGCCGGCAGGGGCCUUCUGCUGACCAGCAGUACCUCAUCUAUAACACCAGGGAGAUGGAGGACCGGCACACACUGGCACAUUACAAUGUUCAGCCCAAGACCACCAUCCACAUGUCCCUGCGGCUCCGGGGGGGUGCAGGCCCCCAGCAUCCCCAGUUCCCUGCCUGCUCGCUCUCCUGAGCAUUGCCCUCAGCACCAGCCCAUGCCUCUGUGUACCCCGUCACACUAGAAAUAAAUGCCUUGGUGGAUCCUU